GCUACUUGUCCUUCAGGACACACCCCUCAAUAGAAUGAAACUUUUCUGCAAACUUCGCUCAUACAGUCGAGGAAUUUCACUGUGGCGCUCGCUGCAAGCUCACUGACAGAAAGACCAUGACUGAGGAAACAACCGGGAAUGUUCCUGCUGCAGACUCUGAGGCAGAUAAACAGGCUCCUGAGGAAGGGGCUCUGUCGAGGGAAAAAUGGGCCAACAACAUGGAGUUCAUACUCUCUAUGGCUGGUGAAAUAAUUGGCCUCGGAAAUGUUUGGCGGUUCCCCUACCUGUGCUUCAAGAACGGAGGAGGUGUCUUCCUCAUCCCCUACUGCGUGUUCCUCUUCUUCUGUGGCAUCCCCGUGUUUUUCUUGGAGACAGCGCUGGGACAGUACACCAGUGAGGGUGGGGUGACUGCCUGGAGGAAAAUAUGUCCCAUGUUUCAGGGGGUGGGGUUUGCGUCCCAAGUGAUUGUGAUCUAUCUGAACAUAUACUACAUUAUUGUUUUGGCAUGGGCUAUCUUCUACCUAAUAAACUCCUUCAAAAGUCCCCUGCCCUGGUCUACAUGUGACAACUGGUGGAACUCUGACUUGUGCCACAGUCGCAUGAGCAUCUUUGCAAACCCCCAACUGUUUCAGGCCGGGUCCAACUGGUCAUUCUUACACAACGUCACCUCAAUGGACUACUAUGAGAAUACAACUUACAAUGAAACAAUAUUGAUGAGCACGUCACCAGAAGAGGAGUUCUGGAGUAACCGUGUGUUAAGAAUAUCAGAAAACAUGUCUUUGGGUAAGAUACAUUGGGAUCUGGCUCUGUGUCUUAUGUUUGCCUGGAUCAUAUGUUACUUCUGCAUCUGGAAGGGAAUCAAAACAACUGGAAAGGUGGUGUACUUCACUGCUACAUUUCCCUACUUGAUGCUCUUUGUGCUCUUCAUCCGUGGAGUGACGCUCCCAGGAGCUGGAGAGGGCCUGAAAUACUACCUCAAGCCCGACUUCACCAGACUUAGUGAUCCAGAUGUGUGGCGUGAUGCAGGGACUCAGGUGUUCUUCUCCUAUGCUGUUUGUCAGGGAGUGCUGACGGCUCUGGGGAGCUACAACAAAUACAACAACAACUGCUACAGGGAUUGCUUGGCCCUGUGCUGUCUGAACAGUGCCACCAGUAUCUUUGCAGGCUUUGCUGUAUUCUCAGUGCUGGGAUUCAUGGCUCAGGACCUUAACAUUUCACUGGAAGAAAUUUCAGCUGGUGGUCCUGGUUUAGCCUUCAUUGCCUAUCCUACAGCUCUGUCGUUGCUUCCUGGUUCGUCCUUUUGGGCUGUGCUCUUCUUCUUCAUGCUCCUUUUGCUCGGCCUAGAUAGUCAGUUUGUGUGUGUGGAAAGCCUGGCCACAGCCCUCACAGACCUGUUUCCACGUUAUCUGAGGAGGCCGCGUGCCAGAGAGAUAUUGGUUCUGGUCAUCGCUAUUGUUUGCUUCUGUUUGGGGCUGCCCUUCAUUACUGAAGGUGGGAUCGUCCUCUUCCAGCUGGUUGACACAUAUGGUCCAAGUGGAACCAGCCUCCUCUUUAUUGCUUGCGCAGAGACCAUUGUUAUUGGCUGGGUAUAUGGUGCAGACCGUUUCUAUGACAACAUUGAAGACAUGAUUGGGUAUCCUCCGUUCCCUGUGCUGAAGUACUGCUGGCUGUUCAUCACGCCGCUCAUUUGCGUGCUUACAUUGCUGUAUAACCUGGUACAAAGUCAGCCUCUUGUUGUAUAUGGUUUUGAGCCUGGCACCUGGGGAGUCACACUGGGCUCUGUGCUUGUUCUUACACCCCUGAUAUGCAUCCCAGUAUUCAUUCUGGUCUCACUAUAUAGGGAUCCCGAAAACAUGAGUACACCAUCCAGUGACCUGCGCCAGAGUCGGCCACACAACCCAGCGCUUACAUUGUUUAAUUAUGUCAUAGUCAAGGCACAGGGGCAGCCAGACAUCAGGGUGGACUAUAGAGAAGACAAGCUGGUAAUGGAAGAACCUGGUAGUGCUUGAUGUUUGCUGAUGAAACUUUAUAUUUUCACCUGUUGAGAAAAAAAAAAUAUUCCUUUUAUAUAAAUGAUUAUAUCUUAAGGGUCUUCAGGGGUAUUUGUUUGUUCUUUUGCUAACAUGAGUUUUUACCUUACUACUCUUUUGCUUAUGAAUAAUAAAAGUCCUGUGUAUUGUACAUGUACCUGUAUACCUCUAAUCCUGCAUACUGUAACUGGAUUAAAAGAGCACUCUGCUCAUUUAACAUUGUGCUUUUUGUAACACUCGUGGAGUCAUGAGGAAUAAUAGUUUAGCUUAUGUAUAAAUUAUCCCCAGUGACCUGCACCUCUCAAACACCAGCACCUCAACUUUGACAUGCAAAAUCUGUGCCUUGUCACAUUAAAAUAUAAUGCAUUAAAACACUCUUAAUUUGAGUUCUGGUCAAUUUUUACCAAAAAAAUGCAAAUUUCUUGUCUUCAUUAAAUGCAAUAUACACACAGAACUGUCACAUCCAGUGAAAUUAAGGCCAAUUGCAUUGAAUAUGAAUUGUUUGAUUAUUUUACUGUACAAGUUUUUUCAUGAAUUUAAAGGUUGCUAUUUUGUAAAACAUUUUUUUAAUUUUUGAAAACAUUGUAAUCUGUCAAAUCAAUCAAUAAAAGUGGACAGAUUUGGA